UCCCCUUCGUCCGACUCCGAGAAAGAACCACCGCAGGGCACCGGCCGCCCGCAAGGAAUGGCGGCAGCGAUCAUCAUGCCUCCACAUACAGACCCACCACGGCCAGCCACAGCGAGUAAUCCCACCGCUCCCGCUUCCCAUCCCCAACGCCAGCGAGACGCCCCGACACCGUCCCUACGCGCGCUCUUCCUCCGCGCCGUGGACCCUUCCCGCCCCUCGUCAUGGUCCACGGCCGUCGCUGAUCUUCUCUCCUCCGGUGACCCCGUCGCCGCGCUGGCCGUGUUCGCUGCCGCCCUCCGAGCCAACCCCGCUGCGCUCCGGCCGGCCCUGCCCCCAGCCCUUCGCGCCGCCGCCGCCGCCACCUCCCUCUCCGCCGGUCGCCAGCUCCACCUCCUCGCGCUCCGCUCGGGCCUCUUCCCCUCCGACGCCUACUGCGCCUCCGCCCUCCUCCACAUGUACCACCAUUGCUUCCGUCCCCUCGAUGCCCGCAGGGCGUUCGACGAAAUCCCCACCCCCAACCCCGUCAUUGUCACUGCCAUGGCGUCCGGUUGCAUGCGCAACAACCUCGUAUAUACCACGCUCUCUAUCUUCCGCUCCAUGGUGGCCUCUGGUUCUGCGGGAGUGGUCGACGAGGCGGCUGCACUGGUAGCGCUCUCUGCAUCUGCUCGUGUCCCUGACCGUGGCAUUACCGGUGGUAUUCAUGCACUUGUCUCCAAGAUUGGCUUGGACGGGCAGACAGGGGUAGCAAACACGAUAAUAGACGCGUAUGCAAAGGGCGGUGGUCAUGACCUGGGGGCUGCGAGGAAGCUCUUUGAUAUGAUGGAUAGGGAUGUGGUGUCCUGGAACACGAUGAUUGCAUUAUACGCGCAGAAUGGACUGUCAACUGAGGCACUUGGGUUGUAUAGCAAGAUGCUGAUUGUGGGAGGUGAUGUUAGAUGCAAUGCGGUAACCUUGUCAGCCGUGCUAUUGGCCUGUGCGCAUGCAGGGGCAAUACAAACUGGAAAGCGCAUCCAUAAUCAGGUGGUAAGAAUGGGGUUGGAGGACAAUGUCUAUGUUGGGACUUCUGUAGUUGAUAUGUACAGCAAGUGUGGAAAAGUUGAAAUGGCAUGGAAAGCCUUUCAAAAAAUUAAGGGAAAGAAUAUCCUUUCAUGGUCUGCCAUGAUUGCUGGCUAUGGCAUGCAUGGAUAUGGCCAAGAAGCCCUUCAUGUUUUCACUGACAUGAGGAAGUCAGGGCUAAAGCCAAACUACAUAACCUUUAUCACAGUUUUAGCUGCUUGCAGUCAUGCUGGUCUUUUGAGUGAGGGCCGUUAUUGGUACAAUACCAUGAAAACUGAGUUCGGAAUUGAACCUGGUGUCGAGCACUAUGGAUGCAUGGUCGAUCUUCUUGGCCGUGCUGGUUGUCUUGAUGAAGCUUAUGGCCUUAUUAAAGAAAUGAAAGUCAAACCUGAUGCUGCUUUGUGGGGAGCUCUUCUUAGUGCAUGCCGAAUAUACAAAAAUGUUGAGUUGGCAAAAAUUUGUGCAGAAAGAUUGUUUGAGUUGGAUGCAACUAACUCUGGGUAUUAUGUUCUCUUGUCAAAUAUAUAUGCAGAAGCUGGAAUGUGGAAAGAAGUGGAAAGAAUGAGAGUUCUGGUUAAAACCAGAGGAAUAGAAAAACCUCCAGGGUAUAGCUCGGUUGAGUUGAAAGGUAAAACCCAUUUGUUUUAUGUUGGGGACAAGAGUCAUCCACAGUACAAGGAAAUCUAUGCUUAUUUGGAGAAAUUGCUUGAGAGAAUUCAUGAUGCAGGCUAUGUACCAAACACAGGUUCUGUUCUUCAUGAUUUGGAUGUAGAAGAGAGAGAAUCCAUGUUGCGCAUCCAUAGUGAAAAGCUUGCUGUUGCCUUUGCCCUGAUGAACUCUGUACAAGGGUCAGUAAUCCAUGUCAUAAAGAAUCUCCGGGUCUGCACUGAUUGCCAUGCAGCAAUAAAGAUUAUUACAAAGCUUACUGGACGAGAGAUAAUUAUUAGAGACCUAAAGCGCUUUCAUCAUUUCAAGGAUGGAUUAUGCUCAUGUGGGGAUUAUUGGUGACAUUAUGCAAAGAAGCUUAGUUUGUGAUGCCAUAUUGGUAGUAUCAGAAUAUCACAAAUUGAGAUAACUGUUUACGAUACUCUCAGUGCAUCUGUCCAUCCAGGACACAAAGGCCAAUACAUCAGUGAGAUAGUUUAUAACUUCUCAACCUGAUUAGGAUAAAAUGGUCUGAACUACAUAGCUAGCUGACGCAGUUGGUCAACUUAUCUGUGGUGAAGAUGAAGGACAUUAGGGCUUUCAAUAGUCCUGCACAAUACACUUGCACUUUCAUGUGCAAGACAUGGAUUUUUAUCAUGAUAUGAAGGGCUUGUAACAUAAUGGCUCAGCCUUGACCAUUUGUAGAAGCAGCACAAAGUCAUUUUGAAGUACAUGGAUUUCUGUGAGGAUUAAUUUUUUUAAUAUUUACUUGUGUUGAGAAAUAGAAGGGAGUGGUGAGAGCUAUCUCGUUGAAACACCAGGUUACGUGUUAGAAGCAGCAUCUCCGCAUUUGCAGUGGGAGGCUUGCCUCGGUUUAUCCCUUCCCCUAUCCUACUCAUGUAGGAGCCUCCGACAGCAGGUCUGUCCCCUUUUUACAUGUGAUGACAAACACUGCACACUUCAGAAGCAUGGAUUUGUCAAUCCCAGAAAUGUGCCCCAGAGAGUAAAAUUGGGACAUGACCAUUUCUCAAUAUCAACUCUGUUCCAUAACAUCAUAGAAGCCACAAUCCCAUUGCUUAGCCCAUGCCCUGUCAAACAUGGCAUGCCUGGAGGCGACAGGGAUGUGCAUACGAGGUGAACAGAUCUGCUGGAUGGUGCAUCACAUGGAAGGCAUGAUUUCGACGUGGUCUCCCAUUUACCAAAUCAGCUGUCGACAGUUGGCACCACUGUUCCUCCUCUUCCUCAAAUUAUCUGACCGAAGUAAUCCAACAAAGAAGACAAGGGGUGUAGCAGAAACGGAGGGAGCACAGAGUACACGCUUGUGUUCAAGUGUUUGUCUCGGUGAUUUUGGUUAGGAGAAAUGAAGAAUAGGGGUGAAGGGUUUGAUUUUGUGUUGUAGGGUUUUAUUUUUUUUCGGUUGCAAGGAUCCAAGUUGAAUUGUUAGAAUUUGUACCGAGUUUCCUAUAUCUGUUGAAUUAAUAGGUGUAUGUGGUAUUCAAUUAGGUCCCGUUUGUUCCUUUCAUUUUGAGGAAUUGAAAUCUUACUAAUAGAAUAAGCUAUUUUUUUAGAAUGUGACA